AUGCUUUCCCUGCUGCUUGGCGCCGGGGUUGCCGGGGCCGCCGUCAUCCGCGCCCCCGGAUGCGAUUUCCAGAUGCAGGCCGCGGGGCCGCACCAGGGCCCCGUGGGCCAGCUGAGCAGCGGACAGGCUCGGUUCGGCGACAUGGCCCCGGCGACCUUUCGCAUCGACCAGGGGAGGAUCUGGGACGCCAAGGGAAACGGAUGCUGGUGGACGCCGCCGACGGGUGUGCUCCAGUGCGACAAGAACCAGGAUGCCGCGCCGGGCUUCUCCGUCGGCUGCGACGGCGCGGUCUCGUUCAACGGCCAGACCACCUUUUACCAGUGCGCCACGGGCGACGGCAACCAGUGGAACAUUUACCUCUACGCCGACCAGGGCAUGGACUGCGGCCAAGUCUCCCUCGCCGCCGGCGGCUGUCGAGCGCAGUGCGAGCCGUCCCCUGCUCCAUCCCCCGCUCCAGCGCCCGCUCCCGCGCCCGCUCCCCCGGCACCCUCUCCCCGCGAAUGCCCUGCCAGUCUCGACGGCCCGUACGAGUUCCCCCAUCUCAUCGUCCCCGUGGACAAGUCCAGGCCGGACGACGCGCCCGGCACCUCGUACUUUGGCACCGUCUCCCCCACCGUCUCGUCCCUCUUCAACUUUGACAUCCCCGCAGCCGACCAGGGCAAGACGUGCACCCUGGUCUUCCUCUUCCCCACGCAGUCCCAGCUCACCACCUCGUCCUACACCUUCUCCGGCGACGGGAGCGUCGACUUCUCCAUGCUCGACGGCCCUGCGAGCCAGGGUACUACCACCUGGAACAACCAGCCCGGCAAGAAGACGGACUACGGCUCCGUGGCCGUCGCCCCCGGACACAGCUACUCGGUGGCCACGUUCCCCUGCCCGGCGGGCCAGACGGUCGCCUUCAAGAUGGAGGGCUGCGGCGACACCGACCUGCGAUAUUUCCAGGACUACAACCCAUCCCCCAUAGGGUUGUACAUAACCAAAUGCUAA